UGUGUAUGACCAGAGAAGAGUUCAUGGAGAGGAUGCCAGAAGUCCUUGGUCAUGGGACCAAGGAAGAGUAUGGGGAACUGUUUGAUAAAGUUGAUGUGGCCCAGGAUGACAGCAUCACCUGGGAUAAGCUGAUCUCCUUGAUACUGUUGAACCUCAAUGAGAAAGAUGAGCGGACGAAAUCUGCCAUGAUUCCCCAGUGGAAGGACCCUCAGCUGCUCCCAAUGAUACAUAAAGACGCCAUCCAGAAAGUCAUCUUCUUGAAAAGUUCAAGCCGUUACCUGACUGUAAGCAAGGAAGGUUUGCUUGGGGUUUGGGAAGAGAAUUUAAAACUUCAAGAAAAAGUUCCUAUAACUUCAGAUGCUAUCAAGCUAAAAAACCUGUGGGUGACAAGCCUAGUUCCUCUGGAAAAUGUAAACAAGAUAGCUGUGGCUUCCACAAGCAAAGAGAUUUGUUUCUAUGACCUGCUCUCUAAUAAAGAAUUCCCCUGUCAAUACAAGCUGCAAGGCCUUGGGAGCACGCCCAUGUGCAUGCACUAUUGGUAUAACCCGCAAGAUGCUAAUGAAUCAGUGCUCACCUUUGGGGACAUAGCUGGAAAGGUUCAAGCAAUCUCCUUCAAUACAGCCUUGAUCUCCUUGUUUGAAAGGCCAGCAACGAGUUCUUCUGAAGACGAGGAAACCACGGUGACCAUUAACUGGGAAGAAUUGGUAUCUGGCUAUCACAAAUGCUGUUCAAUAUUAGAGCACAGACUUCAUAAUCAAGACUGGGUCCGUCAAGUGAUUUAUGAUGCUUCUUUAGAUGCUAUAAUUUCCAGCACAACCAGCCAUGUGAACACAGUGGUACUGGCUUGGAGGGAAAAAUCCAAGCAGAAGUGGAUUAAGAAGACAUCCUUCAACAUUUCGCAGGGCAUCCACACUUUCGACUACCACUCUCGCCUCAAUUUAAUUGCCACAGCUGGACUCAAUCAUAGAGUUUGCCUUUGGAAUCCUUAUGUUGUCUCUAAACCCACUGGGGUACUGUGGGGUCAUUCAGCCAGUGUAAUAGCGGUGCAGUUCUUCACUGACCGAAAACAACUUUUCAGCUUCUCCAAAGAUAAAGUGUUGAGACUCUGGGACAUCCAGCAUCAGCUCUCCAUCCAAAGGAUGGCUUGUCCUUUUACAAAGAGUCAGGAGUUUAAAUGUCUCUUCCACUUUGAUGAAGCUCAUGGAAGGCUUUUUAUUGCCUUCAAUAACCAGCUAACAUUAUUGGCGAUGAAAAAUGAGACCAGCCAAAGGGUCACAAGUCAUGAGAAACCAGUCACUUGUGUGCUAUACAAUUCAGUCUUCAAGCAGGUCAUCAGUUCUGAUACAGAAUCUACUGUUUCUUUCUGGAUGAUAGAUACUGGGCAGAAAAUCAAACAGUUUACGGGUUGCCAUGGCAAUGCAGAAAUCAGCACCAUGGCCCUGGAUCCAAGUGAGAAGAGGCUUUUAACUGGGAGCCCAGAUGGUGCAAUAAAGAUUUGGGAUUUCAAUGGACAUUGUCAUCAUACCCUGAAUGUGGGUCAAGAUCGAGCUGUGGAUAUUUCUCAGAUCCUAGUCCUAAAGAAGACUGUACUAGUGGUAGGUUGGGAGAGGGCAAUUACUGUCUUCCGACUUCAUGACUUCACUCCCUUUUUGGUUCAGCCUGAAGAAUGGAAAGGAGGGGCACAGCAUCGUGAGGACAUCUUAUGUGCUGCAUUUUUACCUCCACAGACUCUAGUUACAGGGAGUUAUGAUGGGGAAAUUCUCAUAUGGAAUAACAGUACAGAAAAUGCUCACCAUAUCCUGCACCCAUAUUACCGACGACAUCUCCGUUCACAAUGGGACCCUGAAAAGCAACCUAGGGCUGAAAGGGGGCUCUCCCUUUCUCUCUCUGCAGGGGAGGCCGUUCUAGCAGUUAACUCCUCUGAGAUUGACACCACCGAGGGAAAUCAUGCUGUUAUGAGGCUUUCCUUCCUGGAAGCUAGAAAAAAUAUUACAAUGACAGGAGGAGCCAACUUGGUAUCUUGUGGAGGAUCUGGUUAUGUCAGGUUCUGGAAUAUAUUUAAGAAGCAGCUUGUGGCCCAGUUUGUGGCCCACAGUGGAGCUGGACCCAUUAUCAUGACCAUUGACAAGACAAAUCAGCACCUUGUCACAGGAGAUCCCAAUGGCUGCCUGAAAAUAUGGAACAUAGAAGAAUAUUGCCUCAAUUUCAAUGAGAGCCAAGUUUUGCAGCCUCCGCCUCUGAUAAGAUCAUUUCAACCUCAUGAGGACCAAAUCAGUUCUCUGGAGACUUGUGCACACGGCAGCCGAGUACUGAUCAUUGCCUCUUCUGCAGAUGGCAGCGUUUCUGUCAGUGAUGUCUGGGGCUCUCUGAUUGGAAUAUUUGGUCAGAUGGAACACUGGCGAAUUAAAAAUAACGUCCCCCUUCCUCAAAGAGAUGUAGAACUUCCAGCAGUUGAAGAUGUCCCAAGGGCAAUUGCUUUACUGCCUGAGGAAGGACCUUUUUUGGCCUCCACAGAACAAACUGGGUUUGAUAUGAAAGAUGAAGGCGAUGCAAGCAGCACGCUCAACCCAGAGGAAAAUAAUAAUUUUGGUACGAGCUCUAAGGAAAGCAUAACAUUAAAGAAAAAGACAUACAAAUUCUGCCACGGUGGACUGAUACCGAAGUCAUCAAGUGUAUUUAGGUCAUUGAAUAUUGGAACCCUGGAGGAGGUGGCAGAGGUGAACAAACCUGAUUUCCUUGUCAACCCAGAGAAAUACUUCAGGGAAAAGCCAGAGGAGGGAUGCCCUAAAAACCUAAAGAUCGCCUCACUUGCAGAAACACUGAGAGCAGCAUUUGAUGAGAAAAGCCUUCUCCCCAAAGAAAUUCUGGAUCGGGAACAAAAAGCCAAGCAAUUAUGCCAGGAAACAUGCAGUAGAGGAAAGAUGAAAAGAAAUCGAAAGCAAAUAUCAUUGAAAGAAAAAUAA